UUCUCUAAUGUUUUGUUUAUGGCGCUAAAGAUUGUAUAAAAUAAAAUUUAAAUGGUACUUUUCAACGACACCACGAUUGAUAACUCAUCUCAUUUACUGAAAUACUCAAAGCACAUCACGUCAAAGAAAUGGCUCUGAUAAGUGAUUUAGAAGACUGUUGUUUCCACUUGGAGAGCAGCAAAGUAACCGACAGGAAAAAGUUUUGUAAUAAGUUGACCUUACUUCUAGAUAACAAAGACGUUAUAAAUAUCCUCAACGAAGGCAAAAGGGCAAGCUGGAAGAAUGUCAUAUCGUCUCUCCAGGAAUGCCUUAGAAAGGAUUCUGAUAAGUCUAUUGAAGAUGCCAAAAAGAAAAACAGUGAUGCCAUCACCAAAUCUCCAAGUGCGGAUCUAUUUGAACAAGUUAUUGAUAUGGCAAUCAGAGAAGCUGUUGAAGACGUUGAUAUCCCCAAACUGGUGGGGUAUAUAGUUGGAUGUAUGAAAGACUACAAAAUGAAAAAAUGUAACGCCACUACCUUUUUGAAUAUACUGCAAAAAUACAUUCUAUCAAAUUCAAAAUGUUGGGGAAGAUUAGAAGCUGAUGAUUGGGCGGGGGUUUACACAUUUCUUAAGGUCUUGAGUGAGAAAAGAAGUGACGAUAUGAUAAUAUACAAAUGUCUCAUGCUGGUGAUUAAAUGGGGCCCAACAUCAGGCUUCUCUCCUUGUUUCUUGAGAGGGGAAUUUUCAUUUAUGACUAAGUUUUGUCAGUUGCUAUCUCCACUGUCACCUAAACCAAUGCAAGAGAGUACCUUGGAGAUGGCUCUAGAUUUUUGCCAGCACACGGCCAAAGAUAACCGUGUGUCGUGUUGCAAGUUUGGAGAAGAUGUGUUACCCACUUUUGUUGAUUUGUAUGAACUCAAUGGCAGAGAGAACCAAAUCAAGGAACUGCUGGUUCAGUUUUUCCUGUUUCAAAUGGUCAUUCAUCAGCCUAAUGGUGUUGAAGAGGGACAUCAGGCUGCAUAUGCAUUCAGUUGGAUAACAUGGAAGAAAUGUUUAAAAACUGUAUUCCGUUUAUUGUCCAGGGAGAUUGGUUUCUAUUUUGAUUUUCGUCAGAAGAAUACAUCAUUUUUCAAGACUGAUGGAGAGCUCGUAACAUUAAGUGAAGAUUUUACCACAUUAUUCGUAGAAAUCAGUCGACAGUUGUUCACGUACUCAGACUUGGACAUCACUAGUUCCCUAGAUUGUACAUCACAAAUUCCCCAGAAGAGACAAAAAAUUGACGUCAGCUUGAAAUCUUACAUUAACAACAUUCAGCAAACAAAAAGUUGGUUGUGGAUUCAUUUAGUGAGUUCUCUGAUAAAGACAUACCCAAAACUCUUAGAAAGUGAUGACUAUAUUUCUCUGUUGCAAUUGCUUUCAUCAAUACAGAUCGAGUCUAAUGAUUAUAACGUCACCGAAAACAUUUACGUUUGUCUAUCUACAAUGCUGGAUGUGUAUGAUUUGAAAACCAUCUCUGGUCGAUGUGAAGCAGACAAGUUGUGGAAAGUAAUAGGCGAAAGCACAACUAGAGCAUUCGCUUUGAAUCAGCACAAAGAAGCCACAGAGAACCUUCUGGCAAAGCUAAUUAAGAAUGACAUCGUCGAUUUUCACGAUAUCCUACAAACAUACACAUCGGGAAUUCUCAAUAUCAGCCCACAGAGUAUCAGGACUCUAGACUCGGGUUUGCAGCUCGUCAGCAUAGGCAAAUCUGACGAUUUGAAAAAAGAGAAUCUAAUGAGCUGCAUCCUGAAUGCACAAAAUUUUAAAGAUUGUACAUACCUGCUGUGUAAAGAGACAGCGGAAUUUCUAGUCAAAUUGACAUUGAAGCAGUGGCCAUCAAAAGGUCAAGAAAACGGGUUUAGAAACCAAGAUAAAUUUAAGGAUCUAAAAAACAUUUAUCUCAAAACUCUGUUGGAAGAAAGUACUCUUACGAGAGAACUAGUCAAGAAUAAAGAAGCGGUCGAAGGUGGAUACUCGGUAGAGAUCGAUACGGCUAAAUCCUUGACGAACUUACUGGAUGUCUUUGUCCGAUCCUGUCCGGAAUCGGAAGAAGCAUUGGCCAGCAUACUCGUACUUCUGGUGAACAUAUCCAGUGCUCUUAUUGAUUUUAAGAUCGUAGGCGAGAGGGAUAUCGAGGAUUCCGUCCUGAUAGAUCUGAUCAAGAAGGUUUUAACUUUUGAGAAGUUGAAAGGUAUAUGUUCAUACCACAACAAAUCGGAGAGGGAGGCUAAAAAUCUCCUUAAAUUCGUGAAAAUCAUGGACAGACUUUUUUCAUUAGACGUGAACAAAAUAAUGCAAAGCAAGUUGAAAAAUCUCGUACCGUUGGAAGUACUGAAGGCUCUGAUACAGAUUUUGAAUGAUCUUCAAGAAGAUCAAAAACAAAAGUGCAACCUCGGGUUUGAAUUGAAAAAGGAAAUCACCAGGACUUUGUCUAGUUUCGGGUGUGUUUGUGGAGGUGAACUGAACCAGUACCAAAUAAAUAUCCUGGAAGUUUUAUCAGUUCCCAAUUACAAUUGUAAUUUAGAAAAUGACUGUACAUUGCUCAAAACGUUUCUGAGAACAGUCAGGAUGUCGGAACCAGGUGUCUUACCAGAGAAAAUACUUGAAAAUAUAUUGGAAUCUGUCCAUGAACUGUGCCAAGCUCGAUAUCAGUAUAGCUUAGAUGCUGUAGAAAUACUGAACAUUCUUAAAGAUUUAUUUCCACAUUUUGCCAUCUCCACCGAAGAAAAUAAAGUCACCUCGGUUGCUUUGCUAAAACCCUUUUACGACAAACGUCACAAUUACGGUCCUGGCGUGUCACUAGUAUUACUUGAAUGUUUGGAAGAGCUCUGUCGGCUCGAUCCACGAAGCGAGUUUGCCCGAUGGUCUGACGUCGAAGUGGUUAGGUUCAUCCCGGAAUUCUUGAGUUGCGACUAUCAAGAAGUUCGCUUCAAAGCCGCCGAUGCGUUGGUAACGUACUUCCGAAUGAACUCGAAAACCACAUACCUGCCGGACUUUCACAGACAGGAGGAGAUUUUCUCGAAAAUUUACGAAAUGAGUCUCAAGGUCUUCAACGUCGAAGGAGAAUUAACCCAAGAACGCCGAAUCGACGAGGUGGUUUCGAGAACUGCCAGUGUUUUACACACUUUUGGCGGCCUCAUUCUGCAUUGCAACAAGUGGAUAGAGGAAUGUAUAGUAUCGCUGAUGAAGAUUUCGUACAUUAAAAAAAUAGAUUCUGUUGAUAAAAUACUGAGAAUUAUCAGCGAACGUUUGCUGGGAGAACCGGGCUCGAACAUCGUCGAGAGAUUUCUCGAACGAAUCAUAGAAAGGUGGUUGAACGAAGGCAGGAGCAUCGACGAUUUCCAAUUCAAACUUUUGAAUUGUUCGACCAAAAUGGAGUUCUAUCUCAAGUAUUUCGAGAAAUGCGUUCCGUUUUUCAUAGUGAGCGACAGAAAAGACCUUAUUUCGGCCGCGAAGGAGCUCGGUUUGAGUGAGAAGGCUAUCGUAGAGAUAACGGCUGCUAAAGUUUUCGCGCGUGCUCUAUGCGCAGACGUUGAAAACCUUGGUCCAGCGGUACUGCAGGAGAAUAACAUUUUGAAGUAUUACUCUUUUGCUGUCGGAGAAAAUUCUCUGAAGGAUAUAUUGAAGGAUAAUCUGGACCAAAUAACGCUUGGUGUUAUCGGAAGCUUGACAGAUGAAAAGUACAUUCUUGAUCAUUUCGACGAAGUUGUGAUAUUCCCAACAAGCAACUUGACGGUAGUUCAACUGGAGGCCUGUUUCAAUUUUAUCGAGUCAUUUUUGUGCGACAGCCAACCACUGGUAACGUACCUAACGAAAACUAAUGUCGGAAAGAUAGAAAAGAUCCUCCUGACGCUUAGAUUGAACAUAUACAACGUAAUUUCGGCAGAAGACAAAUUGAAAUCUCUACAUAGAUACACGCUUUUCCUAAGUAUGAUCACUGAAAAUCUGAGGAGCAACAGCGAUUGGCAACAUUACUUCAUACGAGACACCGUUCACUGCUUAAUCAAUCUCAUCGAAAAUCAUGACGAAUAUCCGAGCAUUACGAAAGCUUCUUGUAUGUUCUUGAAUACUUUUUUGAGAAAAAUAUUGCCGAACGUUUCGGACACUUUCAAACAUUUAUUGGAAUUCACCGUCAAGUCGUUGAAGUUGUAUACCGUCACCAAGGUUGAAAUAAGUGACCUUUGUGUGAAUAUCCUGAAUUUCCUGAUCGUCGACAAUUCCUGCCAUCUGUUGAGCGAAAUCGAGAAACUCGACAACUUUUCCCAGCACCCUAACUUCAGUGAGAUCAGGAGGGUCCACGAGGGCAUAAAAUAUGGCGAGAAGAGAGUGUCUCUUGAAGACGAAAUCAAUUCCUUUUUGAAACACAACGAUGUAUCCACCCAACAGGACAGUUUAAUCCAUUUGAGAAAACUGCUAUCUGAGCAGAAAUCCAAAGUGAUGGAACUGUACGACAACCUUCAAAGUAACAGAGGCUUCUCGGAAGAUUGCGAAAAAAGCUGCCUUCACAGGUUGGUUUGUGCCCUGGCUAAGCUGAGCUGCUCGCCUAACGAGAAAGUUAGCUUCGAAGCAGUGCGAUGUUUGGGCGAGCUAGGUCCAGCGAAUUUGCAAACCCUUGUGCUGCAACCCGAGCGGGCCGUUUUUGAUUUACAGUGCACGCCGUUUGAACUUUUGACGGGAAAUGUUAUUUCCCUUCUGAGUGAAUAUGUUGUAGAUAGCGACGUGAACGUGGUGAAGACAGCGAGCGAAACUUUUUACCUCGUUUUGGAUUGCAAAGAAGGAAGAAAACUCGCAGAAUCGAAUAAGGACUUCGGUUACGGGCCUAUCAAUAAAAAUUAUAUAAAGCCUUAUUUUCCGUUGACCCGGUCUUCUCCGUCUUCCAAUUCAGACAUUGAUGUGGAAAUAUGUGUAUCCAAGUUGUCUGAUGAUACCCUCUGGUGUCCGCGAACUGAAACACUUCACAAACAGUGGAUUCUGAACCUGGUAUCCGCAAUUCUGGAAUCUUUCACAAACCAAUCAUACUUACAGAAGUUAACGUCGAUGUGUAAGGUUAAGACGAAAUUUAGCGAGCGGAUUCUGCCACUAUUAAUAAAUUUAUUGGUUUCUUUUAAUAUUUCGAGAGUCAACAACAUGUUGUCUAAAAUGAUAGAUUUUUUCUUUUCGGAACAUUGGGAUCUGACAGUUUCGAAACUUGUAGAUAAAAAAUCAAUAGCUCUCAAUAAAAAGUCGGUGAAAUGCAUGUUGGCUAUCGUCAGCUUCGUCAGACUGCAGAAAAGUUUCAACAAGCCCAGAUCCAGGUCUAACACCAACACGCAAGAUCUUAAUAUCGAUUAUUUGAAGGCUGGCAAAGCUGCCCAAUUUUGCUCGGCGCAUUUUUCAACACUUCUCUAUACAGAAUUGUGGUGUCAGACACAGAUCGAAAACAUUCAAAAUGAAAACCCAGCCUUUUGUGAACAGCGGUCCACCAUGAUCGACUUUAUUUAUGAACGAGUAGGUAGAGAGGCCGGAGAAGCUUUACAGCACAUCUUGAGAAACGCUUACAAAGCAGUUGGCGACCUGAACGCUUUGCCCGGAUGUGGAAUCUCGUUCCUUCUCGAACCUCAAUUCCGCGUGGAGCACUAUAAAGAACAGGAAAAAUGGGAUCAGGUAACGCAAUUUUAUGCAACUCGCAUAUUCUCAGAGCCUCAUACCUCGCUAAGAGAAUUGAUGGAGAGCUUCAAAAAGUGCAGUUGGUACCAAAUGCCUCUACUCUGCGGCGACAAGUUGGAGGAGCCGCAGUACGAGUGUAUGUGGAGGCUGGGCCAGUGGACCACGUCGGAGAAGAGAAAUGUAUCUUCCUCCAUGACACGAGAUGAUUUCGAGAAGUACAGGUUUUUUGCUUUGAAGUCUCUCCGUGACAAAAACGUCCGAUCGUUCGACGAGGCUCUCAAAUAUCAAAAACUAUGCGUGAUCGACCAUUUGAAGCACGCCAGCCUGGAGAGCUGUCAGAACUUGUAUCCGGUCCUGUCUAGGAUGCAGUCGCUCGUUGAGAUCGAAGAUUUCGCCAAGGGAGAUGUCACUUCUAUCGUUGACAAGUGGGUCUUGCAGGACAGGCUCGUAAGAAAGAACGACUUUCAAUAUAUCGAACCGAUCGUUACGCAAAGGUUGGUCAUGCUCGCCGAUCGGUUGAGAGAGACUCCUGACGUGAAUCUGCAGAGGUUUUUGGUGGAGGCGACGUUGGAUUUCGCAGGUCUGGCAAAAGAAGAAGGGCACUUCAAAGAAGGUCUGGCGAUUUUGGAAAAUCUGAAGUGCAUGUCUGAUCUGACCGAAAACGUGAAAACGAGAAUUCAAUUAUUGGACGCUCAGCUCUCCUGGUUGGUGAACAAUACUAUUGUGGCAAGACACAUUCUGAAUAAGUUGUGCAAAAACGAAUCUAUUUCUCCAAAGCUGAGGGCUACAGCUUUAACAAUGUCUGGUCAAUUCAUGAGUGAAACUCAUUCAGAAAACAGAAUGGUCAUCAUCAAAGACUACUUUCUGAAAUCAAUAUCGCUCAUGUCGAGAGUCGAAAGAAACGAAAGGGAUAUUAAGAACGUGAUGGAUACAUACGACAAACUAGCUGUAUUUGCAGAUAACGAGUAUCAACAGAUAAAGAGCUACAUGCAAUCGGAAUUAUUCCAAAAGAAAAAAAACAACAUAGAAAAAGCGAGGCGAACGGCAUCUGACAUCAAAAAACAGAGGAAAAGAACCAAGGAUGAAGAACAAGCUGCAUCGAUACAUUAUAGGCAGAGCAACAUAGAUGAAACAGAAAUAAAUAACACCAUAUACGAGAGCAAUUUCUUUUUGGAAAAAGCUUUAAAGUACUAUUUUUUGAGUUUAGCCCAUAGCGAAGAGAAAAAUAUGAGGGUAUUUCGAAUAAUGUCGCUCUUUCUAGAGAACAGGAAUAACAAUCAAAUCGUUGGCACUAUUACAGAACAGAUUCCCAAAAUUCCGACUUUCAAAUACAUCGUCAUGCUGCCGCAACUCAUACCCCACAUUUCGGACACCAGUACCGAUCUCUUCAGCAGUACUGUGAACGAGAUUGUCGUAAAAUGCGCGAAAGAUCAUCCGCAUCACACUUUACCGUUGAUACUAUCUCUUUCGAACGCCAACAAAGAUGUCGAGUACGGAAACACCACCAAAACGUCUGCCAACGAUGCGAGGGUUGCCACGGCCAAUAGAUUGUUGGUCGAACUGAAGGAACAAGGAUUGGGGAACCACAUAAAAAAGCUAAUGCAGUUGUCGCUGGCGCUCAUAGACUUGGCUUACCUUCCGAUUCCGAACGAAAAUAACAUGCACACCAUUCCAAGAAACCAAGCAAUUAUGAAAAUACGAGACUUCGACGAUGUCCUGGUACCUACGUACACGUUGAACGUUGACGAAAGAGCCAGUUAUACCAAAAUUGUUGGUAUUUCGUCCUUUGGAUCAGAAUACCGACGGGUGGGCGGUAUCCACCAUCCGAAGAGGAUCACUUGUAGAGGAACGGACGGCAAGCUCAGGUCACAACUCGUCAAAGGAUGUGACGAUCUCCGACAAGACGCAGUGAUGCAGCAAGUGUUUAAUAUCAUGAACAAUUUGUUAUCUACCAAUAAACAAACUAGAAAUUUGCUGAUACGAACCUACAAAAUAGUACCGUUAUCCAUGAGAAGUGGUAUCUUGGAAUGGGUGGACGAUACCAUGCAGAUCGGUUCGUAUCUGGUGGGAGAGGAGAAGCAGCUAGGAGCGCAUCAGAUUUAUCGGCCAAGCGACAAGUCUCCGGCAGUUUGCAGAUCUUUGUUCAAGGGAUGUGCCGGAAAGUCAGUCGAAAUUAAACUGAAGACAUACAAAGAUAUCUGCCGAUCUUUCAAACCGGUAUUUCAUAAAUUUUUCGAAAGCUUUUUCCCUCAACCGACGAUCUGGUACGAAAGGAGAAGAGCUUAUAUACACAGCGUCGCUACCACUAGUAUGUGCGGAUAUAUUUUGGGGAUCGGAGAUCGGCAUGUUAGUAAUAUUCUGAUAGACAAAAUAACGGCGGAAGUCGUCCAUAUCGAUUUUGGUAUAGCUUUUGAGCAAGGGAAAGUGCUACCUACUCCUGAGGCGGUACCCUUUAGACUAACGAGAGAUAUGGUGGACGGGAUGGGAGUUUGCGGAGUCGAGGGAAUAUUCAAAAGGUCUUGCGAAAAUACCAUGGAGGUGUUGCGUCAAAAUGCGCAAACUAUCAUCACUAUUCUGGAGGUUCUUUUGUACGAUCCGUUGUACGUGUGGACAGUGACAGCAGCAGAAGCCAACAGACGUCAAACCGAUGACGGUAGCUAUGAAAGUACCCUGUCUAGCGAGUCUACUUGUGAUGAAGAUGCCACAGCAAUCAACAAUACAGCAGAACGAGCCUUAUUACGUCUUCGGGAGAAAUUACAAGGGACUGAAUUGGGCCAUCCAACAAGUAUUGAACAUCAGGUUGGCACUUUGAUACAACAAGCCAUUGACCCAGAGAACUUGUGCAAACACUUUGUUGGGUGGCAGCCAUAUUUGUAAAGUGAUAGUAAAUAAGAUAAAAAUAGUUUUAA